CAAAGUGCUUAACCUACCCAAAGUUUGCUGAGAAGAAAGAGGCAGAAGACAGAGUGUGUGACACCUCUUUUUGGAUAGCUAACCUUUGUGUGACCUGGAUAGCUGACACACCUGUGUGAGCUUCACUGUAGAAUGUAGCUGCAGCCCUCCAGCCUAGCCACAGGAAACACGCCACCAUGGGAGAAGCUCAAAAGGUAAGUGGCCUGAUCUCGAUGUACAGGACUUGAAAAAAACCAAGGCUGACUUUUGGUAGGCUAUUUGUUUUCAAUGCAAAGUGGUAUUCAAACUGUCUACACCACAAGAGUGUGUGUCAGUAUACGAGAUUUCUAUUUUGAUGCGCAUACGCUGGAAGUGUUAAUACUUGUACCAAGAGCUCAGCUUGUUUAAUUGUGUUGAUUUAAUGAUAGAAAGUCUAAAUGAGUCUUUAUUUUAUUUUGCGGUACAGUUAAUCACACUUACUCUCAAGUACCUGUCACCUUGGAUGUAAUGUUUAAAGCUCCAGUGCCUCUUUUGUUGGCAUUGCAAUAGUCUGUGGUUGUGCAACCUUGCUUCAGACUAAUCACAUUAAACAGUGCAACAUUAUGUGAAUGGUGCUCUCCUCUGUGAAGCGAUGGAUUCAUUCGUUGCAGAAUGAGUGUAAGAGCAGAUCAGUGGCCCCAGAGAAAGAGGGCACGAGAUUGGUGGGUGGAGCAUAAUGAGCAACCAUGUGUGCUGUGCUGUAAGUAAGGGGAUGUUUGACCUCUAAUCAAAAAGAGGUCACCAGGAACAGAGUCACAGCGUAAUUGUGUCCUAUAUGUGUUUAUCUACCUGUGGUUAUAAUCCUGGGUGUUAUGAGCUAUUUUAAUUUUUUAUCGAGAUCACUCAUUGUGCUUUUGUAUUUUUAACCAAAGUAGUACAUGAGAAAAAACAAGAACACAUAUCUCGUCAUGGGAAAUGUUGACUCCAACUGAAUUGGUUCAUAGUGUAUGACUGAAUGCUGCCAUAAGUCUUUGGUCUGUCUUAUCCUUCCACACCUCCCCUCCACACAGGGCUUACUCUCUGUCAUUGAGAAACUGAAGGGAUCCACAGAACAGGAGGUCAGGAUAGUGCUGCUUGGACUUGACAACGCUGGCAAGACCACCCUGCUAAAGAGCCUGGCCUCUGAGGAUGUGAACACCAUCACACCAACACAGGUGAGGGGGUUUAAAGACUUAUGAAGUCACACACACACACACACACACACACACGCUUUGUAAUGACCUGGGAGUGUCGCUACCUGUCAAGAAUGAUUAAACAUAAAACACUGACUGAUUGGCCUGCUUGACGAUGAUGUUUCUGUGCCCUUCGUUAUAUUAAUUCGUCCUCCUCUGAACAGCUCAACUACUUUGUAACAUAAUUUCCCAAUGUUCAUCAUUAAGUGUGUAUUAGUUAAACAGUAUCUGUCAAAAAUGUGUAAUCAGGGUUUUUUUCUACCACUCUUGAGAGAACAAUCCAUAUUACCUGCUGUCACUGAAAGAUUCUGAGGAAACAGGCAACACUUGUUGCGCUGAUGGCUUUUCAAAAGAUGUGAAGAGACAGUGGGAAGUGUAUUUAAUCUUAUGAGACGAGCUUUGGUAAUAGGAUUCAUACAACCCAUGUUUUCCCAGUGCACUGUCAAAUGAAAUUAUUUGGCUGACAGGAAACUUGUUUAACCACCAGUGAGUGAGGUAAUCACUUGAGGAUGCCAAAUUAGAGAUAAUUUGUGGCCUCAGCCUGAAUGACCUUUCAAAUAUGAUAUAUAAUAUAAUAUUUUUUACAGGAAAUUAAGAUCUUUUGCUUAUCACCCUGUUUAAAAUGAAUUAAAUUGUUACAUUUGACCUACAAGAAAAACAUGCUGUGGAUGUACAUCUAGGAUUUAGGCGAGCGCAACAGCCUGUUAGACAAUAGCUAUCGAGGAUGUAGUCCAUUAUAACAUAGCAAUAGUCACCAUGUGGCUUAAUCAGAUUCACACACAUGCACACAUACUCUGCUCUUGAUCCUCCAUGUCUUAUCCUCCUCGGCAGGAUAAAGAUGUUAUACAACCUUUCCGACUGAAACCAAAAGGAGUUGUGUUAUGAAAAACAGCAACAGAUAAUCACAGUUACCACAUCCUGAGAAAACUACCCAAAGCACAUGUUGCUCUCCUGCUGAUACACAGUGAGGUUACACCAUUGAGUAACCAAACAGUGAUUCAUUCAACACACAUACACCUGUGUGCUGGUACAUUCCCUCUAAAUGAAUUGCUUCAUGAUCAUUUGACAGGCUUUCCAGUUGCUAUCUUUUGGAACUGUGUUUAAGUGAAUGUGCAGUUCAGUGACUCCAGUUUUUUCGUCUAAAUUCAGGGAUUCAACAUAAAGAGUGUCGCCUCUCAUGGCAUGAAGCUCAAUGUUUGGGACAUCGGAGGACAGAGGAAGAUAAGGCCCUUCUGGAAAAAGUAUCUGGAAAACACAGACCUACUGGUAAGUAACAAAAUUAAUACCAAUUCAAAUUUCAUUUUCAUGUAAGAAACCACAAUGAAGUGUUAUAAAAAUUACAGAUACUUCUCCAUAUAUUUCAUUUUUAAAGUUUUCCACAUAUUUAAACAAAUGUACUUUAAUAAUCUCUUGGUGAAGAGUCUUAACAGCAUAACUGUGAUAGGUUUUUUCUGCCAUUAAUGAGCAAUAACUAAACAUGUACUGUUCAAGAAUGCCAAGAAUAACAUUAAAUGUAAAAGAGAAAUUGGGAAAGUUGUGUAACUUUAAAUCCAUGAGUUUUCUGAGAUUGAUUUUAUUCUCAUAUAUGUAUUUCUUUCAGAUUUAUGUUAUUGACAGUGCUGACAAGAAGCGGUUUGAAGAGACAGGACUGGUAAGUGUGAUAUGCAGUAACUACUUCAUACAAGGAUAUGUUUACAAGAACGUCAUUUUGUACCAUUACACAUGGCCCUUUCAGUAAUCUGGAUACAUCUACAUGUGCAGGAGCUGUCUGAGCUGAUUGAUGAGGAGAAUCUAAAAGGCGUCCCCGUGCUCAUCUUUGCCAACAAGCAGGAUCUGGCCACAGCAUCGCCGGCCAGUGAAAUCGCUGAGGGACUCAACCUGCACACUUACCGGGACCGUGAGUGGCAGAUUCAGGCCUGCUCUGCUGUGUCUGGGGAAGGAGUUCAAGUAAGACCUACUUUCAUAUUUAAUUCAUUGCUUUCUUCUCACAAGAAACCUACUUGAAGACACUCCUCUGUUAAUCUCCAUGCUUUUGUUUCGAAAAUCAUUCUGGAUUAUAUUGAUUGAGAGUUUGGUGCUGAAAGGACUUGUAUGAUCAAUGGUUUGAUAGUGUUUAUUCUUUUAAACUUUAACCUCUCUGGACUGUUCUACACAGAAGAGGAUUAGUGACACAAAUAUUCAUCAUUUUUAUGUUUAAUAUGUUAAGCAUCAGAGGUUUAUCCCCUCAAUGUGGGUAUGCACCAAAGAUUAAGUGGUGAACUAAAUAUUAAAGGUGACAAGACAGUGUUUUGAGAUUUCAAUCGGUUUUGAAUGAGCUCUAAAUUAAACAUAAUUCUGACUCUAUUAUAAGAUAUCUCAUCAUUUUGACUAUAAAUUCUGAAAUUUGACUUUGCAGAAAGAAAUUGUACUAAAAAAAUAAUAUUUUUGGUUUAAAUCCAGAAUUCUUAAAAUAGAGUCGUUACAUUAGAAAACACAUUGGUAGUAACACUUUCCUGAAACACUUAAAUGACAAGACAGAAGGAAAACUGUAACUGAAAACAGACUGUUUGACUUUUUCUGACUUUAAACACAAAACUGUGACCUUUAACCAGAGAAAUCUAUCUUUAAAAUCUGAGCUUGAGCUUAUUAUUCACAAAAGAGUUUGAAGUAAGCAUUAGAUUUUAGACUUGUUUUUUUGUCCUCUCAACAGGAUGGCAUGAACUGGAUUUGCAACAACAUUGUGAACAAGAAGAAAUGAAACAUCAGAUGUCCAGCAUCACAAAAUAAAUGAAUAUAUCAUUUCACAUCAUCACACCCCAUCUUUAAAGCCCCCGCUUCCCUGACAGAUCUGAUUGACAUUUCUGUUUUUACAGUUGGUGUAAUUUUUAUGAAUAUUUUGCAAGUUCAAAGAUUUUUAGCUGAAAUAUGUGAAUUAGACACAAUGUAUGUUUAUGUCCCCCCCUGUUUCCCAAGGAUCUUUGUCUGGUGAUUGUUUGUGUUUUCCACUCAGAGAAAACCAAGCUGAGUGUGUGUAGCCAUGUAGAAUUGUCGGGGUUUGUCAGAUAUAAAAACAACCUGUUCAGUGUGAGUGUAAAGUG